AUGGAAGAGUGUGCAUUUGAUCAUGCUGACGAGGCUGAAGCAUCAGUUGGAAAUCAAUGGUCAAAAUAUUACACAAACUAUACGGACGAUGGGAGACAAUGUUAUUACAGAUGCAAUUUAGUCAAACGUCGUGGUCCUCAAUGUCCUGCAAGUAUUUAUCUAUUAUACCAUGCAGACAGUGGUAAAGUAACCGUUUAUCAAAAAGAAGCUGCACACGAACAUCAUAAUGGCUCAACUCGUGAUAUUGAUGAAAAUGUUAAAAAGUGCAUAGAAAAUUUAUUUAAUGAUGGAAUAAAGAAACCAAAACUAAUUUUUCGAGCACUUCAAUCAAGAGGAAUAAAUGUGCCAAUUUUAGGUGAAUUAGAACACUGGUGUGAAGAUAAUCAAAAUAUUCCACUCGAUGAAAACGAAUCUUUCGUUGUAUCUUACAAGAUAUUAUAUGAAGAUCAAGAAUAUGAAGAUGUAAAAGAUAAUGAUGGAAACAAAUUUCGUAUAUUUAUAUCAUCUAUUCGCUUGCUCAAUAUGAUAUCUAUGUCACAACAUAUACAUGCUGAUGCUACUUAUAAAUUAGUUUGGCAAGGCUUUCCAGUACUAGUUAUUGGAACAACUGAUUUUAAUAAAGCAUUUCAUCCAUUUGGUUUAGCAAUAUGCUCAAAUGAAAAAACAAAAGAUUUUGAAUUUAUCUUCAAGUCUUCAAAUUGGUAUGCAAAAGAUCAAUAA